UGAUUCAACUCUGCAGAAAGUCUUUCUGUUCCAGGUCCUAAGCCGGAGAGGAGCUCCGUGCGAGACGAGAGGCCGGUAGAUGCCGUCUGCUUAGUAGACUUGUUCCAUUACCAGGCUGUAACACUAUGGCUUAGCCAUCGCUGCUCCACAGAACCUACUGAGCCAUUUAUCACCAUGAUAAGCUGUCCUGGGCAGACGCAAUGGACAGAAAGCCUGCUAAUCCUCCUCCUCAUGGUGGAGAUGCUAGCUGGAUGCCCCUCUAAGUGCAUCUGUGCCUCGGACCUCCUCAGUUGUACAAACAUCAGCCUGAAGGAGCUGCCCGGCGGCCUGCCCGCCACAUCCACCAGCUUGGACUUCAGCCACAACUGUAUCAGCUUGCUCAACAAUAACUGGCUAUCCAGAAUCCCCCAUCUUCAUACACUGCGCCUUAGCCACAACCAGGUCAGAUGGCUACCGGCCCGGGCCUUCCACAACGCCACCCAACUGAGGCAUCUGGACCUCUCCUCAAACCAGCUGCAGAGCAUCCAUGAAGAGCUGUUUCUACAUCUCUGCAGCCUGGAGGAGCUCCUUCUGUACAACAACCACAUUGUCUACGUGGAGGUGGCUGCCUUUGCCCACCUGGGAAACAUACAGAAAAUAUACCUCAGCUGGAACAACCUGAGUACCUUCUCCUUCAGCUCCAUGCAGAACCUGACCAACCCGCAUCUCCGCACCCUGGACCUCUCCUCCAACAGGUUUGUGGAGCUGCCAGUGGAAGAGGUGUCUUCUCUACCGAUGUUCAUAAAAAGCGGCCUCUACCUGCACAACAACCCUCUCACCUGCUCCUGUGCCCUGUACACCCUCUUCAUGGGCUGGAAGCAGAGGAACUUCCCCUCCGUCAUGGACUUCUCCAAGGAGCACACCUGCCUCUACAUGGGGAAGCACCGCGCACUCGUUCGGUUCUUGGAGUCCCAGAAUGGGUUUAAUAACUGCUCUGUUGGGCUGGGCCAUGAUACCGGAUUGAAGGUGCAUGUUGGGAGGAGAAUUAUGGUGACUUGUAACACCAGCCUGCCACAGGAGAACACCACGUACCUGUGGAUCUCACCAGCAUAUGACUUCAUCUUCCCUCCAGGAAACAGCAACCAGAGCUUUAAGGUUCACCCCAAUGGGAGCUUAGAGAUCCAGAAGGCCCAGCCCUGGAAUUCCGGGGUUUAUAUGUGUAUCGCAGUCAAUAGAAGGCUCAGCUAUAAUGCCACUCAUGAGGUCAAUGUGACCGUACGUUUUCCCAAGCCUGAGGAGUCCUUUAACACUGGUCUAACCACUCUCCUUGGCUGUGUAGUCAGCCUGGUCCUGGUCUUCAUCUACCUCUACAUGACUCCGUGUCGCUGCUUCCGCUGCUGCUCCAAGCCCCCACAAACCCCGAGUCCUCCGCAGGAGAGCAGCGCUCAGUCUUCCAUCCUUUGUGGGACUCCGCCGGCUUCUGACGGGACUAACGGGCGUAAGGUCGCAGUCAGCCGCCAUGUGGUCUUCCUGGAACCGAUAAAAGAACGGCGGGCCGGGAAGAGCCUGAAGAUACUGCAGCGCAGGUCAGACUCUGAUUCUGCCAGUUCUGUUUUCUCUGAUUUCCCAAUUGUGCAAACAUAGGCCCGGUAUGCGAGGACUGCGCGACACGCCGGAGGGACACGCGGCCUGUGGUACACACGUGUUGUGGAUGUAUGCUGCAUGUGUAUGGCAGAGCAUGGUGUCCCACAUCACCCUUCAUCUCCUAUGUCACUCCAGGAUCUCACUGAAAGUGAACUGUAUCUGUGCAAUGCCGGACGCGGGCGUCCAUGAACUGCGCCACAUCCAGAGAACAGGGCCCACGCAGCAUGGCGGAGCGUUACAGCUAUCAGCGGGCAUCAUGGUGGCACACAGCAUAUGCAAUGAGACGGUGACAUCUCUCCCUAUAUCACGGCUGUGCUUGUUACGUGGGAGAAUGCUGCUUAUUUCCAUCUAAUAAAGACAUUUC